CUCCAUGGCAACAGCUGCCUUGCUCUCCUUGGAAGGUCGAUACAAAACGAUCUGGCAUUCCACUUUAGCAGUUCCUCGGAUCCCUUGCCGCCUUCACUUGCACCUCGCCAGAUCGUGCGCUGAGUAUUUUACAAUCCGGUUGACUGAACCGUCUUCCUUCAACUCCACCAUCCCGUUUCGACCCCCACAGCAGACAUGUUUCUGUACAACGUCACUCUGCAGCAGACAACGGGGAUCAACCAGGCGGUGAUUGGGAACUUUGCGGGAACGAAGCAGCAGGAGAUUCUGGUCGCUCGAAAUUCUGUCUUGGAGUUAUUACAACCAGAUCCUUCGACGGGAAAGGUUCACUCCCUGCUGACUCACAAUGUUUUUGGAAUCAUUCGGUCUGUAGUACCGUUUCGGUUAACUGGGAGCUCGAAAGAUUACAUCGUGGUGGGAUCAGAUUCCGGCAGAAUCGUCAUUCUAGAGUACAAUCCGGCGAAAAACACGUUUGACCGCGUUCAUGAGGAAACAUAUGGAAAGAGUGGAUGUCGUCGAAUUGUCCCUGGACAAUACCUUGCAGCCGAUCCAAAAGGGAGAGCUGUGAUGAUUGGCGCCAUCGAGAAGCAGAAGCUGGUGUAUAUUUUGAACCGAGAUGCAUCUACCCGAUUGACCAUCUCGUCACCGCUGGAAGCUCACAAGUCACAUACUCUUGUACACGACCUUAUUGGAGUUGAUGUUGGAUUUGAGAAUCCUGUUUUUGCCUGCAUCGAGGUGGAUUAUUCGGAUGUGGAUCAGGAUCCUACUGGCGAAGCAUUCCAAAACGCCGAAAAAGUGCUUACCUACUACGAGCUGGAUCUUGGCCUUAACCACGUUGUCCGAAAAUGGAGUGAUCCAAUAGAUCCUCGUUCUAACAAGCUCAUUCCUGUACCUGGUGGUGUGGACGGGCCGAGUGGAGUGUUGGUAUGUUCGGAAAACUACAUUACAUGGAGGCACCAAGACUAUCCGUCAGUUCGUGUCCCAAUUCCUCGACGUCCCGACCCUCUAUUAUCUUCUCCUUCGGCAAAUGGCGAAGACAUGGAGAUGGGCCGAGGGGUUAUUAUUGUAUCCAGUGUCAUGCACAAGUUGAAGAAAGGGUUCUUCAUUUUGGCGCAAACUGAGGAUGGGGACGUUUUCAAAAUCACGAUGGAUUACACAGCGGGGGCCGAUGGCGUCAUUGGUGGGAUUCAAAACUUGAAGAUCAAAUAUUUCGACACUAUUCCAGUAGCAACAAACAUGUGCUUGCUGAAGACUGGUUUCUUGUUUGUUGCUAGCGAAUUUGCGAAUCAUUACCUGUACCAGAUUGAAAACCUAGGUGAUGAUGAUGAAGCGCAGAUGGAGUACCAAAGUGCUGAGCUUCCCCAGGGUGAUGAUGCGGAUGAAGUGAUUGUAUACUUCAAUCCUCGCGGCUUGCGGAAUCUUGCCAUCGUGGAUGAACUGGAAUCGAUAUCACCACUAAUAGAUGCAAAGGUCUUGAACUUGGCCGAGGACGAUAGCCCACAGAUCUACGCACUUUGCGGUCGAGGGGCACGUUCUUCAUUCCGUAUCCUUCGCCAUGGGUUAGAAGUAUCUGAAAUGGCGGUAUCAGAGCUACCCGGCAAUCCAAAUGCGGUUUGGACAGUGAAAGCCAAUGCACAAGAGGAAUUUGAUUCAUUUAUCAUUGUCUCCUUUGUCGACGCCACCCUUGUGUUGUCCAUCGGAGAGACGGUUGAGGAAGUCACCGAUACAGGUUUCCUGAAUAGCACUCCAACCUUGACUGUUGCACAGCUUGGUGAGGAUGCGUUGGUACAGGUCUAUCCUCGUGGUAUCCGGCACAUUCGCGCUGACAGGCGUGUGAGUGAGUGGAAGGCGCCAGGUAACAAGACCAUCGUGAGAGCGGCAUGUAAUCGCAAGCAGGUCGUUAUUGCCCUGUCCGGCGGAGAGGUGGUGUACUUUGAGCUGGAUUCACAUGGGCAGCUUAACGAGUUCCAGGAUCGAAAGGAAAUGGCUGCUCCGAUCACUGCCCUGAGUAUUGGUCCUAUUCCGGAAGGGCGACAGAGGUCCGGAUUCUUGGCGGUCGGAUGUGAGGAUAACACCGUGCGAAUCCUCUCAUUGGAUCCCGAUAACUGUCUGCAAUCACUGGGAAUGCAGGCGGUCAGCUAUAUGCCAGUGUCACUUGCGUUGGUGGAAAUGAGUGACACGGGAACGGCGACAGGCACAUUGUACCUAAAUAUUGGAUUGCAAUCGGGAUUACUUCUCCGAACUACGGUCGAUAGUAUCACGGGUGCAUUGAGCGACACACGAUUUCGGUUCUUGGGAUCGCGUCCCGUCAAAUUGUUCAAGGUUCAAAUUCAAGGCUCACCUGCGGUCCUAGCAUUGUCUAGCCGUCCCUGGUUAUCAUUCACCUAUCAAUCCAGGACCAAGCUGAUACCCCUUUCUGCUCCUAUGCUUGAGUAUGGUUCAAGCUUUUGUUCCGAACAAUGUCCUGAGGGCAUUGUGGCGAUCGAAUCAAACAAUCUACACAUCUUUACGGUGGAAAAGCUCAGCACCGUCUUCAAUCACAGUAUUAUCCCGUUGAAAUAUACUCCAAGACGAUUCAUUUAUCACCAGCCCAGCGGUAAUUUCGUCAUCAUUGAAUCAGAGCACAACACCUGGUGUCCAUCGGAUAAGGUGAAACGAAUCGCCGAAAAGGCCGAUCAAAUGGACGAAGGAGAAGAGUAUGAGGAAUUGCCUCCAGAACAGUUUGGCUUGCCACGAGCCGAGGCCGGAAAGUGGGCCUCAUGCAUUCGGAUACUCAACUCAAUGACCAGCGAGACGGCGCAUCUAUUAGAAUUAGAUAACAAUGAAGCUGCUUUCAGUAUCACCACUUGUAUCUUCCAUGGUCAAAAGGGCGAGGCGUUUUUGAUUGUGGGGACGGCAGCGGAUGUCACCCUUUCACCAAAGACGUGUUCCAGCGGGUUCCUUCAUACAUAUCGAUUUGUGGAUGGUGGGAACGCAUUGGAGCUUCUCCAUAAGACGCCGAUCGACGAUGUCCCUUACGCGCUAUGUGCGUUCCAAGGAAGACUUUUGGUUGGAAUGGGCAAAAUACUUCGUAUUUAUGACUUGGGCAAGAAGAAGUUACUCCGCAAGUGUGAGAACAAGCAAUUCCCAAACAACAUCUUAACGCUGCACACCCAAGGCGACCGCAUCGUUGUAGGAGACGUGCAAGAAUCUGUACACUUUGCGUCCUACCGACACUUUGACAACCGAAUAGUAAUUUUCGCCGACGAUACAACUCCGCGUUGGAUUACGGCGACGACCAUGGUGGAUUAUGAUACCGUCGCCGGUGGAGACAAGUUUGGGAAUAUCUUUAUUGACAGGUUACCUGCGGAAACAUCUGAAGAGGUGGAUGAGGACCCAACAGGAAAUAAAUUGGUAUAUGAGAAGGGUUACUUGCAAGGGGCACCACAUAAGGUGGAGCACGCUGCAGAUUUUUUCAUUGGCGAAAGCCCUACCUCUGUUACCAAAACUGUCAUAGUACCUGGUGGCCGAGAAAUCAUCGUGUACACAACCCUUCUCGGUACAAUUGGCUGCUUGAUCCCAUUCCAAUCCAAGGAGGACGUUGAAUUCUUCCAGCAACUCGAAAUGCACAUGCGCAAUAAGUUCCCACCACUUUGUGGACGGGACCACCUUGCCUACCGAUCCUAUUACAUUCCCGUACGCAACGUCAUUGAUGGUGACCUGUGCGAGCAGUUUAACCUCCUUCCGAAUGAAGUGAAGCGGCAGAUUGCGGAGGAUAUGGAUAGGACUGUUAGUGAAUUGUCAAAGAAGGUUGAAGAUGUGAGAAAUCGGGCCGCUUUUUAGAAGGUUCUGCGUGGGGUUUGUGUAUAUAUAUAAUGUUACGUCUGCAACGUUUUUGCCUUUGAAAAGAUAUAGCAGCUGUGCUUGACAGAAACGCCAGAGACACUUGUGACUGAUUUAAUGAUAGCCGCUUAAAAGGACA